AGUGCUGCCGGUGAGAAUCGCGCACUUCCGCUUUAACAGCGGCUCAGUGUGAGGGUGGCUGUGCAUGUGGAGCCACGGAUCAGACAAACACCUUCACUCCAGCGGGUCUCUGCUGCUCUGCGCGCAGCCUGAGCUCCGGCAGAGCUGCAGCUUCAUCUGCGGUGAAGACGAACUCGUUUCUGAGCCCAAGCGUCGAAGGUUUGGAUUCUUACUCAUUUGUUUUGUGCGUCCAAGGAACAGGACGGAACUUUACGCAGGAAACGGCUGCUGAGGGAGCGAGGCGACACCUGAGGGACACGGGCUGGAUUUGAAACCAGUUUAUUCUGCGGCCACUUGUUGAUGGGGCAGCAGCUGAGUGUUUAUGCGUAAUUUGGAUAAAACGCGGUGCGUCGCUCGGGGGAGAAGGAAGUUUGACUAAGCUGCGAGGCUUUGCGGCAGAUGGUGACUGGUGAUGUUUGGCGAGCGGUAACAACUCCCUGCAUCAGAUUACACGAGGCUGCCAGCAGGUGAGCGGCGGCAUGGGGAACCAGAUGGACAAGCUGUCACAUUUAAGUUACGCAGAAGUUCCCACGGUGGACCCGAACGGCGUGGACACGGAGGAGGGUCCGCGCAUCGGCGUCUCCUACAUAUUCUCCAGCGACGACGACGAGCUGGAGGACGGCUGCGUGGUCGAUGGCACCGUGAAGGACCCGAAGCAGGAAGAGAAGCAGUACGACCAGAGAGACGAGGUGGAGUGCGCCGUGUACAACCGGGAGGAGUGCAUCUACGAGAAGAGCAGCAAGUGCGCCAACCUGGAGGUUUACUCCCCGGAGAACCUGCUCAACAAAUGCACAGCGGGGGACUUGGUGGAGUUCGUGGCCACGGGGCAGUACCCGCACUGGGCCGUGUACGUGGGGGACUUCCAGGUGGUGCACCUGCACAGAGCCGAGGUGAAGAACAGCUUCCUGACUGACGCGAGCCAGGGAAGGAGGUGCAGGAUCGCGAACGACUUUUACAGAUUCAAAGCCCUGGGCGCGGACAUGGUGGUGCAGAACGCCAUGGAGCAGGUGGGCUUGAAGGACCGGGAGCUGAGCUGGAGAAACCCAGAGUGCUUCGCUGCCUGGUGCAGGUUCGGCAAGAGGGAGUUCAAGAUGGGCGGGGAGAUCCGGAUAGGCAAGCAGCCGUACAGGCUGAAAAUAUUCGUGUCGGACAAACACUCGCAUGUGCUGGAGUUUCAGAGUUUGGAGGACAUGGUGAUGGAGAAGAGGAGGAACGAUUACCUGGGCAGGAGGGCGGUGCUGCAGGAGCUGGCCACGCACUUCAACACCGUCAACAGGGAGCCAGGAGCUGACUGAUGCUUCUCAUGCUUUUUUUGUUGUUGAAAAGAACUGCUCUCCCAGAUGUGGGCGACUUCAGGCCCUGAUGUGGCACCUCUGGCCUCCCUGUGGCCCUGACGAAAUGGAUGUGAGUCUAUCAACCAAUGACCCAAGUAAAAUAUCAAAUGUGACCCAAAUAUCCCAAAACAAACGUGGGCCUUUUGUUGGCAAACACGUGGUUCUCUUGGGAAGGUGUAAUCUGGAUGUGGACCCAAAGUGGCCCAUGUGGUAAAUGAUGAACAUGGCCCAAAUAGCACAAAACACAUGGAGCCACCUUUGGCACCUUUUGGUUGACAUGUGGUACUGCUCUGGCUUUUACUCGUGGCCCAGACCUGGUGAACAGGAGCGGACUGCUGCCAUCACUCCAUGAGGUGUGUGGGCUGAUUGUGGGAUAUGGGCCAAAUCUGGGCCAAACAAUUUUGCUAUGUGGGUUGCAAAUAGAGUAAAAUUUAACAAACACUAUGUGUGGCUUCAAUCCAUAGGAAGCCUUAGUCUGAAUUUCAGCUUUUCUGAUUUUGAAUUAUGUCUUUGUUAUUAGUUGUAACAAUUUAUUGCCUUAAAGCCACAAUCGAAAAAUUGCCUUAGCAAUUAUGAAUUCAGUAACUGCAUCGAUUGGAUCAGCUCAACAGAAUGUAUAGUUUUAUAAAAGCUCUCCUCGUCUUUCUGUCAGAGUGUUUCUCUAUUCAUCGCGUGUCCUGUUACUUGAUCCUCGUGUGGUUUAAACUUCAUCCCCCGGCUCAGCUCACCUCAGACACUAAAAUGUCAGAAGAAGGAUCCUCUCCACCGUCCCUAUUUUGUUUUUAUGGUUAAUCCUCACAACAGGCUCAACCUGAAGGAAAGACAAUGUGGUGGAGCAGGUCCCUCGUGUUAGUCCUGUCACAGUUUGUGUUGGAUGUACCCAAAUCCACAAAUCACUGUCUCUUCUACCAAGGAGUCUCCUGUUGUGUUGUGUUUUGAGGAUUGCCUUUGUGUCUGUUCCAUCAGUUGAUUGUGUGUGUUUAUGUCCUGUCGUCUUCAUAUCAAAUAGAUUUUUUACAUAAGAUCAUUCGCUGGGUUUGAGAGGUUAAAUGUUUUGUUCUGCAGAAGAAGUUGUCAAAACAGAAAAUAAGAUUAACAUGACAAUAAAUAGCUGAUAUUAGAUCAGAGUCUUUUGUUUUCAAGUAUUA